AGCCGAGCUCCUCCCCUCCGUUACUGGGUUCCUCCUGUCUGCGGCUCCCCUCCGGAAUCCCUCCCUACGUCCAACUUGUUCGGGACCCUCCAUUCCCCAUAUCCAGGAAAAUGUGAUGAGCCACAGGUAUCAGCUUCUAGAUCACCACUUUAUGUUCUAGCCACAAGUGACUCGUUGGAGGAUCCAGGGGCAGCGAGGUACGUCAAGAAGCUAUCUAAAGAAAUGGCAGACCAAAGAGAAAAAGGAGAAGCUGGGGGAAAAGAGGCGUGCAGAGACCAGAUCAAAGAAUCGGACAAAGAAGAGGAACCACCAGCUGCUUCAUCCCAUGGCCAGGGGUGGCGUCCAGGUGGCAGAGCAGCUAGGAACUCAAGGCCUGAACUGGGGGCCAGACCCUCUGCGCUCUCCACCAUGGUCAAUGACCCACCAGUACCUACCUUACUAUGGGCCCAGGAGGUGGGCCACUGCUUGGCAGGCCGUGCCCGCAAGCUGCUGCUGCAGUUUGGGGUGCUGUUCUGUACCAUCCUCCUUCUCCUCUGGGUGUCUGUCUUCCUCUACGGCUCCUUCUACUAUUCGUACAUGCCGACAGUCAGCCACCUCAGCCCAGUGCAUUUCCAUUACAGGACCGACUGUGAUUCCUCUGCCUCCUUACUCUGCUCCUUCCCUGUUGCCAAUGUCUCGCUGGCUAAGGGUGGACGUGAUCGGGUGCUGAUGUAUGGACAGCCGUACCGCGUUACCUUAGAGCUUGAGCUGCCAGAGUCCCGUGUCAAUCAAGAGCUGGGCAUGUUCUUGGUCACCAUUUCAUGCUACACCAGAGGUGGCCGAGUCAUUUCCACUUCCUCACGCUCCGUGAUGCUGCAUUACCGCUCAGACCUGCUUCAGAUACUUGACACGCUGGUCUUCUCUAGCCUCCUGCUGUUUGGCUUUGCAGAGCAGAAGCAGGUCCUGGAGGUGGAGCUAUACCCGGAAUACAGAGAGAACUCGUAUGUACCGACCACCGGAGCGAUUAUCGAGAUCCACAGCAAGCGCAUCCAGAUGUACGGAGCCUAUCUCCGCAUCCAUGCCCACUUCACUGGGCUCAGGUACCUGUUGUACAACUUCCCGAUGACCUGCGCCUUCAUAGGUGUCGCCAGCAACUUCACCUUCCUCAGCGUCAUCGUGCUCUUCAGCUACAUGCAGUGGGUGUGGGGGGGCAUCUGGCCCCGACACCGCUUCUCUUUGCAGGUAAACAUCCGAAAAAGAGAUGGUUCCCGAAAGGAAGUCCAGCGAAGGAUCUCUGCCCAUCAGCCAGGCACAGGGUCCCAAGGCCAGGAGGAGUCAACCCAGCUGUCCGACAUUACAGAGGACGGUGAGAGCCCUGAAGAUCACGCAGGGGCAGAGGGCCAGCUGUCUGAUGGGGAGAAGCCAGAUCAGCAGCCCCUGCGUGGAGAGGAGGAGCUAGAGCCGGAGGCCAGUGAUGGUUCAGGCUCCUGGGAAGAUGCAGCUCUGCUGACGGAGGCCAACCUGCCUGCUCCUGCUGCUGCCCUUGCCCCAGAGACUCUGGGCAGCUCCGAACACUCUGUGGGCACUCUCCGGCAGCGCCCCACCUGCUCUAGUUCCUAAAUAGAACAGGGCAGAGUCCCUACAUCCAGCCCUUUCCCACCUGACCCCUUUCCUGUGACUCCCCCAAUAAACUAUUUUUGUGUCACCUGC